CACACACACACACACACACACACACAAAAUGGCAGCUGGAACAAAUAAGAGGAAGGAGUAUCUCUCUGUAAAGGACCUGGAGAAAGUUUUGGACUCCUGCACUCUGGAUCUUCACCAAAUAGACGAAGUCUGGCCAAAUCUGUACAUCAGCAACGUGAGAAUUGCUCAGAACCAGGCGACACUGCAGCAGCUGGGCAUCACACACAUCCUGAAUGCUGCCCACUCCAAACGCGGCAGCAUCGGGGACCAAAAGUUCUACGGCACGAGCUUCGUCUACUGCGGAAUCCCGGCGGACGACUCAACUCACUUUGACCUGGACGUUUACUUCAAACCUGCUGCAGACUUCAUACACAGAGGCCUGAAAACUGUAGAAGGAAAGGUGCUGGUGCACUGCAUUAUGGGAAUGAGUCGCUCGUCCUCCUUGGUGUUGGCGUACCUGAUGCUGUAUCAGCACAUGUCUCUGUGCUCAGCCAUCCAGCGCCUGGUCCAGAAACGAGCCAUCUACCCCAACAGGAACUUCCUGGCUCUGCUGCUUGACCUCGACCUGCAGCUGAAGACGAAACGCAAAACAUGCAUUCUGCUCUAACACACAAACAAGCAAACACACAAACACACACCAGAGCUUCAUGUGAACAUGGUAACAGGACAUGGUGUGUGAGAUUGUGGAGCAAUCACAUGGGAGAGCUGGGCCAAAUGAAUCAAAUGGAUCAAAUGAAUCAAAUGAAUCAAAUGGAUCAAAUGAGGCUGUGUUCCAAUCGUGUUUUUAACACACGUUUGUCCACAUUCUGAAUAUAAACUUGUUGCACAACCACAUGAAAGCCGGUUGUGUCAUUUUUACUUGCUAGCUACUUAUAAAACAAACAAGGAACAUCAAGUUCUUGUGAAGAACAUCUUCCUGUUUUCCAGAUAAUGACACACACACACCUCCAAAUGUUAAACAGAGGUGGAACAGGGGGUGUUGAAUACAACAUUAAAGGGUGAAGGCAACCUGAGGAAACACAUGAUAACACCAGUAAAUUUAUAGCUGAAUCUAAUGUUACUCAGAGGACCAACAAGCUGCUGAAGGUCAUUUUCAGGUCACUGACAGUAACUAGUGACUGAAGGUGAUAUAAAAUGUCCUAAUUAUUUUUGGAAGCUAAUAAAUAUACACUGUUGAUAACAUUUCAUUUUCUUUCUCUUUAUUGAAUUGAAUUUGAAGAGAUGUAGUAUAGAACGUGUCAUGUGACACUCUCUAAGACUCUGAUUGGCUGGUGCCCUAUUCAGACUGGAUAAUUAUCUCAUAUGGAUUUUAUAUAUAUAUAUAUAUAUAUGUUUAAUGAAAUUAUUCCCAAAGUAUAUUCCCUAAACGUUCCUCAACCCUGAGGUCUGAGCUCCAUGAAGCUCCUACACAGAGCUCCUUCCUCCUCAACUCCACCGAACACCUU